AUGCCCCUCCAGUCGUCCUUCAGCCCGACACAAAUCUUUGAGGAUGGAACCACGGAGGAGAAGGGAGAAAAUGCCCGUCUCUCCGCUUUCGUUGGCGCCAUUGCCGUUGGCGACCUCGUCAAGAGCACCCUCGGUCCCAAGGGUAUGGACAAGAUUCUCCAGUCUGCUUCGACCGGUGAGAUCAUGGUCACGAACGACGGUGCCACCAUCCUGAAGUCUAUUGCCCUCGACAACGCGGCCGCCAAGGUUUUGGUCAACAUCUCCAAGGUCCAGGAUGACGAGGUCGGUGACGGCACCACAUCGGUAGCUGUCCUUGCCGCGGAGCUACUCCGUGAAGCCGAGAAGCUUGUCGACAAGAAGAUCCACCCCCAGACCAUCAUCGAGGGUUACCGGAUAGCCAGCCAGGCCGCCCUCAAGGCCCUCAAGGAGUCUGCCGUCGACCGCAGUAACAGCCCCGAGGCUUUCAGGAAAGACUUGGCGGCCAUCGCCCGCACAACCCUCAGCUCCAAAGUUCUGGCCCAGGACCGCGACCACUUCUCCAAGCUCGCCUGCGAUGCCGUCCUGCGUCUCAAGAACUCGUCCGACCUAAGCCACAUCCAGAUCAUCAAGAAGGCUGGCGGCAAGCUGAGCGACUCGUACCUCGAUAAGGGCUUCAUCCUGGACAAGAAGAUUGGCGUCAACCAGCCCAAGCGUCUGGAGAAGGCCAAGAUACUGGUGGCGAACACAUCGAUGGACACGGACAAAAUCAAGAUCUUUGGUGCCCGCGUCAAGGUGGGAACGACUAGUAAGCUGGCCGACCUCGAGAAGGCGGAGAAGGAGAAGAUGAAGGCCAAGGUGGAGAAGAUCAAGGCGCACGGCAUCAACUGCUUCAUCAACAGACAACUCAUCUACAACUGGCCCGAGCAGCUCUUUACGGACGCGGGUAUCAUGUCCAUCGAGCACGCCGACUUCGAUGGCAUUGAGAGGCUGGCUCUGGUGACGGGCGGUGAGAUCGCCUCGACCUUCGACCACCCCGACCAGGUGAAGCUGGGACAGUGCGACCUGAUCGAGGAAGUCAUUAUCGGCGAAGACACCCUGAUCAAGUUCUCCGGUGUUGCCGCGGGCGAGGCCUGCACGAUUGUGCUGCGCGGUGCCACGGAUCAGCUCUUGGACGAGGCGGAGCGCAGUCUGCACGACGCCCUGGCCGUUCUCUCACAGACGGUGAAGGAGCCGUGGACGACCCUGGGUGGUGGAUGUGCCGAGAUGGUCAUGGCCAAGGCCGUCGAGGGUGCUGCCACUCGCGUUGAGGGCAAGAAGCAGAUGGCCGUCAGCAGCUUUGCGGUUGCGCUGCGCCAGCUGCCCACGAUCCUGGCCGACAACGCCGGCCUUGACUCGGGUGAGCUUGUCGCACGUCUGAGGAAGGCCAUCUAUGAUGGCAUGACGAACUACGGGUUGGACCUCCUGACGCCCGGUGGCGGCAUCACCGACAUGCGUGAUUUGGGCGUCGUUGAGAGCUACAAGUUGAAGAGAGCGGUUGUCUCGUCUGCCAGUGAGGCAGCAGAGCUUCUUCUCCGUGUAGACGACAUUAUUCGUGCGGCCCCCAGAAGACGGGAGCGUGCUUAA